CGACUCUUGGCCUAGGAGCGGUAAACUAUAUGAGUGUAACGGACACCUCUGCAAGUUCACAAAAUAUGAUAUCUGACUCCGAUGAUACAGGAAUAGUGAACAUGUUCCCAAAGAGCACUAGUGAAUGGGGUUCUAAUUUUGUGGAGAAACUCGGUGUCAGAUGCAGACAAUGUGACAUCUUUGAAAUAAUCGUAAACCGGUGGCGAUUGUUUAAUUUGUUUGAUGAAGACUAUCUGGAAGUCGAAAGCUGCUCCAAUGCAUGUGAUUUGGAGGCUAAUUACGAUUCUUUAGAAGAUAUGUCAACUGAAAAAGCUUUUCCGCCUGAGGUUCAGUGGAGGAUGCGCGUUCGAACCCAGGAGAAUGACAUUUUAAGAGAGCCACUGAUAUCAAAAUGGUUCCUAGGGAAAUUGACAGAAAUAAACCACUGCAUAGCAUCCAUAAUUUCCCAAAUUGAGCCGGGCGGAGUUGUUUCAGAGUUAAAAUACCAGGUUUUGUUUGAAAAGGUGCUGCAGGCUUUUGGAUUAUCAACUUUGAGCCAUCCAUUUAUAGUUACACAAAAAGCUCAAAUCCUGGGUAGAACUACAUCGUCAAAAGCUGAUAUAUUGUGUUGUCGAGAUGAUUUGGAAAACCCAGUUAUCUUUGUGUGUGAGGUGAAGAAAGCUUUAUCAAAUGAAGAUGAUAAUUUGCCUCCUCCUCCGACAAAGAGACCCAGAGCUACAUGUAGCACAUUGGACGAUGUAGAUACCUGUGACUCUGGGAACCAAUGGAGUUGGUCUCAACAUAUUGGUGAACUCUUUGUAUACCUAGAGCAGUCACCCAUAUCUGACAGGAUUCUUGGCUUCACCAUUGAGAAGACCUUGGUAAGAGUAACUUUGCUAAAAGUUCAUCCAGCUGCUAUUGAGAAAAUUCAGAAUACACCUGUAAAUAGGCCUGGAUCUCUGAAGCUGAAUGAAUAUGAAAAACCGGAAUUUUACUACAGUCAGUGCUAUAAUUUUUUGAAGAGACAAGAUCGGAAAGAUUUAUUUAAGACUCUUUUGCUCAUAAAGAUAAUGCAAGUAAGAAGAGAGGCUGCUAGAAAUAGUUGAGACAUGCCAAGGAUUAUAAAUUAGGUAUUAGUAUGUGAAACUACCAAAAAAAGCUAAUUUUCUGAGUGAAGCACUGAGAACAUGAAUUGUGAAAUUUAUCUAGACAAGGAAAACCUUUCAGAAAAUACAGUCACUGAAACCAUUAAAAACUUCAUUGCAUCUGAUGGACAUAUUAAGUGCCCAUCCGAUGGUAGUUCUGGUUUGGGCACUAUACAGUGUGGUUUCCAAAUCCAGGAGACCAAUGGGAAACCACCCUAUUGGUCUUGUAGUGAAUUUGCUCAAGUUGUUUCAACAUUUUCUUCUCUGAUAUUGGAAAGCAGGGCAAAGGAGUUGCAUGGAUAGAAUAAGCAAUAAAGGCUAUACCAAAUUUGUGAAAAUCACGACCCUUUAGUCAGUGGUUGUGAUGAUUUUUAAAAACAUGACCCUCCAUUCUCAGAAAGUGAAAAGGCAUAGAUGUUCAGAAAUAUCCUUUGCACUGAAUAUUUUGUUGACAGACUUGCUUGUUUAAGAUAAGCAAAGAAGCUGAUUUUCAAUAUUGUGAUUCUAUGACUACUUUGUGGAUUCUAACUAUGUGUAGGUAUAACCUGCAUCAAACAUUUAAUGCAUGUGGUGAACAAAUAAAGUGCCAAUUGGUCAGUAAUUUUGUUUUGGGGACUAUUGGUCAUAAACUGACUUUACAAAAUUGCACUAAUUUUAUGUGUGCAGAGAAAUAAAGUGAUCAUAAAACGAU